UCUCUCUCUCUCUCUCUCUCUCUCUCUCAUAAUUUUGCUUUACUGUGACUGAACAUGUCUGUCCAAGUGAUGAACGAGAAAACCCUUCAGGGAAUUCAUGUCUUAGGAAGGGAAAACAAUGUUCCUCCCUCCCCUAGAAGGUUGGAGGGAAAAGUAGCCAUUGUCACUGGUGGUGCUAGAGGGAUUGGAGAAGCAACAGUACGGCUUUUUUCUAAACAUGGUGCCAAAGUAAUCAUUGCUGAUGUUGAAGACACUCUUGGAAAUGCGCUUGCUAAUUCCUUAGCUCCUUCGGUUGCCUAUUUUCACUGUGAUGUUAGCUUAGAAGAAGAUGUUGAGAAUUUAAUCCAAUCCACCAUUUCUCACUAUGGACAGCUUGACAUCCUUUUCAACAAUGCUGGUGUUCUUGGAAAUCAAUCCAAGGCUCACAAGAGCAUUGCAGACUUCGAUAUCGAUGAAUUCGAUCGUGUCAUGCGUGUCAAUGUGAGAGGCAUGGCACUAGGAAUUAAGCAUGCUGCACGUGUAAUGAUUCCUAGAGGAAGUGGGUGCAUUAUUUCCACAGCUAGUGUAGCUGGAGUUAUGGGAGGGCUUGGUCCACAUGCUUAUACAGCUUCAAAGCAUGCCAUUGUUGGGCUUACAAAGAAUGCAGCUUGUGAAUUAGGUCGGUAUGGGAUUAGAGUUAAUUGCAUUUCUCCAUUUGGUGUUGCCACAUCCAUGUUAAUUAAUGCAUGGAGGAGUGAUGAUGAUGAAGAAGAGGAUUGCAUGGAUUUUGGGAUGCCUCGGGAACAAGAAGUUGAGAAAAUGGAGGACUUUGUGAGAGGACUUGCCAACUUGAAAGGUCCAACCUUGAGGGCUAAAGAUAUAGCUGAAGCUGCUCUUUACCUUGCUAGUGAUGAAUCCAAAUAUGUUAGUGGUCAUAACCUUGUUGUAGAUGGUGGCAUUACCACCUCAAGAAAUUGUGUGGGCUUGUAACAAAUUCAGAAAACAGAAUUUGAAUCCACAAUUCUAAUUAGAAUUUAUGUAAA